AUGUCUGGCGAAUCUCCCGAGGCCAAGGAGAAGCGCCUCGUGGGGACCGUUCAGAUUCGGCUUCUCGAGGCGUCGAACAACGAGGCGAAGCUCACCGAGUUGUUGGGCAAGUACCUGUGCGCGCUGCUACUCAAGGCCAAGAGUGACUAUCCUGCAGUUCGCACUGAGGUGAUCACGUUUGCCGGUAAAUUGAAAGGCCUGAUCAUUCACCCAAGCAUCAUUCUCCCGGUUGAGAAGCUCAUCGACCAAUACCAAGAGGUCGACUCACCCAUUCUUCGCGUCUUAGAUAUUUCCUUUAUCCAGCAUAGCAUUCUGCGUCUCGAGGAUUACGAAAGACGUCAUCUAUUCCCCAAAGUGGCAAAGGGCAUCUCAUCACCCAACCAUGCCGCCACCCAAUCAUCCAUGUUCAAUGUUCUCUUGAAGAUCAUUCCCGAUAUCCAGGUACCAUCACGCGGCAGCGAAGAAGACGCGGCCUUGAGAGAAGCUAGCGGUCUUUCCAAAGAUGUAGACGCCCUUUUCGUCGCAAGAUGGCUGGGUAAGGUGUUGCUCCUGAGAAUCCCGGGUGGCUCGAACCCAACUCGACAAGAUUUUGAGAGGAUGAACCCGGCCCUGCUUGCAGCGGACCUGGACUUCCUGAAGCCCGAGCAGCGCGAUACUGCAGCUGCAUUUCAGAACAUGCAGGUCCUCCGGCGCAAGAUUGCCCAGCUCUUGGCCAGCGGCGCGUUCAAAGACGAGGAGAGACUUUUGCCCGCGUUGUCUGCAGCAGCGAGCCCCGACUAUCAAGUCUCACAGGCCGGAGAAGACAUUCUGAAGAGAAUCACAAUCGACUUCGAGAAGGCUUCAGUUAUUGAGGAGUUGUAUAAUGCACACGCCCGACUUCCCGCGCCCCACAGAAUCAAAAUUCUCCCUCUGCUUUCGAAAUCGAAGCUUGCCACGACAAUGCAGGAUAACAUCAUGAACGUCGUUACACUCGACUUUGGUACAGAGACUUCCUCCAUUGCGCCAGCUCAUUUGCAAGCAGCAAGCGGUCUGGAGCGUACCAGACUCCAUAAAGCUCUCUUCUACUUUCUCAACUGGUGCGCCAACAUUGGACCUACCCAGGCACCCUUCACCAUCGGUACUAAAUUGAUCGACAAGAUGCGGACUUACGUUGAAGAUCAGGGCUGGCCUGUUUCCCGCACGCUGACAGCAGACGAAGAGAAGCUUCGAUCCAUGGCCUACGACCUGCUUGGUGUUCUCGGCGCAGGAAGCGCAUCCAGCACACAAGACAAGCUGCAUCUCGUCGGUUGGCUCUUUAGAUCCAUGUCCGAGGACCCUACCGUCGAGGCGGUCUCUGCCAUUGAGGGCUCACUUUCGGGACUGACCAGAAGCUUCGAUCCCAAGACAGUCAGUGGCGACGGCCGCGGCAGUGGCAUGAUUAGCCUCAUUUCUCUGCUCCUGCACUACAUGAAUCUCCCCGAGGAGAACCCUGCCGUGCGAAGCGCAAGAUUCUCGGCCGUCAAGUGGGCGAACCAGACCAUUGCGUCCUGGGAUGUGCGAGGCAGAUGGAUCGAUAUCCUAGCCAUUGCCGGCCGCAAGUCGGAGCGCACAGAAGUCGUCGAGGAAGGCAGAAAGGGCUUGGAUCCCUGGACGUAUAGAGACGCCGAGGCGCACAAGAUGCCGGAUUGGAUUCAACUCAUGACGUACUUCUUCUGCGACAAGAUUUCUGACGAGAUCUCAAGUGACGAGUGGAGCAGCUCAGCGCCUCCCAAGCUUGACUUUGAUGAUGACCGGACGAUGCAGAAUUUCCAAGGCGAAAAGAUGAUGGCUUACUCUGUUGCCGUCGAGUACGUCAAGAGGGCUCUGUUUGUCGCUGCGCUUCCGGACUUUCCUCUGGUUCCUGAUUGGAGCUCCCAGCUCGAUACUCUUGUUCGGAACGAUGUCAAGACCAGGGAAACCAUCGGAGCCUACUUCCGUUCGGUUGAGCCGGAGUACAUUGGUCUCCUCAUCAAGAUCUGCUUCGACGGUGUUCGUUACCUGAAAAACCUGGACGGAACCGAUCGCGUCGUUGAGAGCUGCCUAAAGUCCAUGGUCGAUGUCGCAUCACUCGCCCCCGCUGGCACUAUCAACUACAUCGCCCCCUCGGCAUGGGUUCUGCAGAAAUGCAUCGCAUCUAACAACCGACACACCCGUGCUGCCGCCGCGCAAGCCGUCGGAAUUCUCCUUCCUCAUCCCCUUAAUAAGGCGGAUCUGGCGAUUCCCGAGGCGGUUCCCCACCAGACAAGGAACGAGAACAUUCAGAAGUUCCUGAGAGAUCUCAAGGUCAUGAUUUGGGGAUGGGAAAAGCAUGUUGGAGCGGUCGCCAAUGGCGUCGAAGGAGCUCUGCAGGCAUUCGGCCACAUCUUUUCGAGAGCAGUGUACUACGGUCUUCCUAUCCCGAUCGACGUUCACCUUCCGGCAAAGAUGCUCAUGGACAAAUCGCGCCAUGGUCCGACGUUGGAGAAUGCUAUCCUCGAAUGCUACGGCGAGCUUUGGACCGCGGGACUUUCACAGUACAUUCCGGACAACGUUAAUAACCUUACAGCGGAUUAUGUGAUCGAGAGACUCACGGAGAAUGCGAAUGCAGGAAGCGACAAGUCCAUCUUUGCUCUCGGCCGCCUUGCUUUGGCGUUCAACGAGCCGAAUGAAGAGGCCACUCCUGAGGACGGCCUGUUGUACCCAUCUAGCAAGACGUCAGGCAUCGACAGUGUUCUAAAGAGCCUUUUCGGACUUCACUCAAGAAAGGAGACUGAAAUCCAGUUCACCGUUGGCGAGGCCAUCACUGCCGCUAUUGCCUGCUGGGACUCUGACUUUGUCAAGCUUUCCAUGAAUGUCGACUGCACCGACGGUCCCUGGAGAAAGGGCAAGCGCAGCCAGAGAAUCACCGCUGUGCUCGACAAGCUAUUCCGCGACUGCAAGACGACCAAGCCCAGCUUGCUCAAGGCCUCUGGCAUCUGGCUCUUCUGCGUCGUUCAGUAUUGCGGACAUCUCGACGAGGUCCAGUCCCGUCUGCGAGAGGCUCAGGCCGCAUUCAUGAGGUUGCUCAGUGCGCGGGACGAGUUGGUGCAGGAGACGGCCUCUCGUGGUCUAUCCCUGGUGUAUGAGAAGGGCGACGAAGGAUUGAAGCAGGAUCUUGUCAAGGACUUGGUCUCGGCCUUUACUGGGAACACCACGCAGAUCAAGGUCGAGGACGAGACGGAAUUGUUCGAACCCGGCGCUUUGCCUACGGGCGAGGGCAAGUCGGUGACAUCGUACAAGGAUAUUGUCAGUCUGGCGAACGAAGUCGGAGACCAGAGUCUCGUCUACAAGUUCAUGUCGCUCGCGACGAACGCCGCGACUUGGUCGACGCGAUCAGCCUUUGGUCGCUUCGGUCUCAGCAACAUCCUCUCAGAGUCGGAGGUCGAUCCGAAGCUUUACCCUAAGCUGUUCCGGUACCGCUUCGACCCAAACUCCAACGUUCAGCGAUCCAUGGAUGACAUCUGGAAGGCCUUGGUCAAGAACCCGAACGAAACGAUUGGCGAGCACUUUGACGCUAUCAUGCAGGAUCUCUUGAAGAACGUCCUCGGCAAGGAGUGGCGCGUUCGACAGGCCAGCUGUGGUGCCAUCUCCGACCUGAUUUCUGGACAGCCCUUCCACAAGUAUGAGAAGUACUAUGCCGAGAUCUGGACCGCGGCACUGAAGGUGCUUGACGAUGUCAAGGGAUCCGUCAGAGAAUCUGCGCUUAAGCUGUGCAUGGGUCUGACCAACACUAUUGUCCGUCAACUCGAAGAGGGUGGGUCCUCGUCGUCAGCGCAGGCUAUGCUGAAGCAAGCUCUUCGUUUCCUCCUCUCGCCCAGCGGUCUCGAGAGCGGUGUCGAUGAAGUCAAGAUGUUCUCGCUGAAGACGAUUAUCGACAUCACCAAGAAGGGUGGCCCUAAUCUGAAGCCCUUCAUUGUCGACUUCAUCCCUCCGCUCCUGGGUCUUCAUAGCACAAUCGAGCCAGAGCAGAUCAACUACGCUUACCAGAAGGUCAGCGAGGACUCCCGUGACCAGCUUGAUAAGCUCAGAGCUAGAUGGGUUAACCAAUCGCCAAUCUCGGAAGCCAUCGACAACUGCCUCCGGCAGCUAGACGCCGACGGGAUGAAGCAGCUUGCGCCGAAGCUCGAGGAGAUCAUCAAGACCGCCAUUGGCAUGCCGACCAAGAUUGCGUGUGCUAGACUGAUUGGCGAUCUUGUCAUGCGCCACGCCGUAGACUUCAAGCCGGUAUCACCAAAGUUCAUGCAGAUUAUGGAGAAGCAAGCACUCGACCGCAACGACGAAGUCAGCAAGGGCUACGCCAGAGCCGCGGGAUACCUGAUGCGCAUCGUCCCCGACGCAUCCAAGGAGCGGCUCGUCGAUAAGUUUACUGAAUUCUACUUUGCUAGCGAAGACGAAGCCCGCCGCGCCAAGGUAUCUGAUGUUGUUCUCGGCGUCUCCAAGCUUGCCCCCGACCACUUCAACGCUCUGGCGGCCAAGUUCAUCCCAUUCACCUACAUGGGUAUGCAUGACACCGACGAGUAUACCCGAAAGUGCUUCGACGAAGUCUGGAACCAGCACGGCGGCAGCUCCCGCACCGUCGCGCGCUACGUUCCCGAGAUUGUAGGCUUCAUCAAGCGGGGCCUCGAGGCGCCGCGGUGGAACCUCCAGCAUACCGCAGCCUUCAGCAUUGCGAGCAUGAUCAAGGCCGUCGUCGCCUCCAGCGAUGCUACGGGCGGACAAAUGUCCGAGGCCAACCUGAAGCUCAUCUGGCCCGUUCUCGAUAAAGCGCUCGCCCUCAAGACAUUCCCUGGAAAGGAGAAGGUUCUCGAGUCCUUCCCUCAAUUUGUCGGCAAGGGCAAGGCUCUCUGGCAGAAUGACUCAGCCGUCGCCGCACAGCAGCAGAAGAUUGCGAUUCGCGAGGCUAAGAGAAACAAUGAGGACUACCGCCCGCACGCCUUCAAGGCUCUCUGGCAAUUUGCAGAGCAGCGCGACGAUCUGGACCUUCUAGAAACCAUCUCCACUAUUGUGGGCGGACCUCUGGAUGACUUCAUCGACGAGGACCGGAUGGACGUCGACAGCUCCGGCGACGCGACGCGCAAGGCGGCCGUCAACGGCAUCGAGACUGUCGCGCGCGGCUACAAUCGCAAGCAGGUCAAGGAGAACCCCAGCGCCGUGCUCAAGAAGAUCUUUGAACUUCUCAAGACGUAUCUUGACAACGCCAAGUUCGAGGGCAUCAAACGAGAGGUGUGGUACGAGUCUGUCAAGGACCUGAUGGAAGCUGCGCCCGCCCCCGGCACCCCUGCCGGCAACGAGAAGGAGGUCGCUCUGGCCUACCUCCGCAGCCUGGAUCCCGAGUCCGUUGACAACGGCACCGAGGCCCAGCGUACGAUGCGGGUCCUCGCCAUUGGCGGGGUAUUCAAGGCCAUCCAGCGCGGGGUGUUUGGGGAGGGAGCGGCGGCGGCGGAAGAAAGGAAGGGCUUUGUGGAGAUGGUGAAGAAGGCAUUGGGGGUUGAGAGGUCCCUUGAGGUGCAGAAACACCUCAAGGAGAUCCUCGCGGAGCUGGAGAAGUAG